AUGGACUUCACCUCGGUAACAGAAAGCUGGGUAGACGGCCAAAUUGGUGCGUCUGUCUACGACUACGGCGACAGCGAACCCCUCACAGACGACCUGCGCUCCUCCAAACAAAAGGCUGUCGAAGCAGCAUAUAGCCUGGGCGACCUGUCUCUCCUCAAACUACUGGCACAGUCAAAGGGCGGUCUGCUCAACUCCAAGCUUCGAAAACAAACCUGGCCAUUGCUUUUGAGUGAGGCAUCGGUAACAGGAAGCGAUCCCCCAGAAGACCCGCACCCUGACGAGACACAAGUGCAACUCGACAUCGACCGAAGUUUCGUCUACUAUCCGAAGUUUGAGGACGAUGAGAAAUGCGCCGAAGCCCGUCAGAAUCUGUCGAAAGUCAUUGUCACGGUGCUCAGACGCAACCCCCAGCUACGGUACUAUCAGGGGUACCACGACAUUGCCCAGGUAGUGUACCUGGUCAUGGAAGACGUGCACCAGUCCAUCCAGGUGCUGGAGAAGAUCUCGCUCAUCUACCUCAGAGACUUUAUGCUGCCCUCCAUGGGUUACACCCUUGACCACUUGGAAUUCAUUCCCUCGCUGGUCACAGAGCUUGACUCUCAUACUGGCGAUCAAAUCAAAGAGGUGAGACCGGUGUACGGUAUCUCGUCAGUGCUGACCUGGUUUGCCCACGACAUUCCCGAAUUUGACACCGUCUGUCUCUUGUUUGAUUUCAUUCUAGCUUCUGGGACCAUGGCAACGCCUCUGUUUAUUUAUGCAUCCUUAACGUCUUUAAGAUCGGAUGAACUCAGCAACCUGGACCCAGAAGACAUAGACAUCAUCAACUGUGUUCUAAACACCUUUCCCAAGACAGAACAGGAAACCGUGUCUCGAUGUAUCCAAAAAGCCCAGAAACUAGCGUCAAAAACCAUGCUGGAAAAUUAUCCGGCCUGGCAUAAACUGUCAAACUACUCUGUAUUGAAGACGACAGCUGCGCAAUCGCCCCAGGCUGAAUCUCCGUCAGAGUCCAUUCUGUCGUCUAACAGCAUGUCUUCUUCCGCUACAGCACCCUCGCUGAUUAGCUCAUACCUCUCGUUACAAAUUAAGGAGUCCGAAGUGCGGGAGGAAAACGAACGUUUGGCCCGCCAGAAACUCAUUGACAAGCGCAACCAGCAGCGGGAACAGAACAAGCUUUCUAAGAAAAACUCGUCGUCGUCCAUUUCCAUCCGACGUAUCUUCUUCUUCUCUCUGUGUAUCGGACUCACCAGUGUCAUUCUGGCCAUAUUCAUUUCCCCCAAGGACAGCCGGUCGUAUCUCACCAGACAUUUUGAGGCUGGAAUCCAAGGAUCCCUCCAGCUCCUACACCGAAUUGCUACUGGUCAGCAUUCGUUUUAA